AUGACCUCUGUGCCUCACUUGGAUUGUGAGCGAUUGCCAAGCUGGAACUUGACUCAGCGGCAGACCGUUAGUGCUGGGAACCAACGAAAAAUACGCCAUGUACAGGCAAUUGUGGUGAGGAACCUCAAAUUACCUGCAAAUGUGUCCGGCAAGGAUCCCCAACUAUUGAGAUUGAAAACAAAAUCAACUGUAAAUAUGGCGAACGCUGCGACUACUCAGAAUAAUAAGGUCAAGACAUUGAGUCAGGUGGGAGACCUAAUUCAGUUGUCUCGAUAUGAGGAGUCUUCGAGUCAAAGUAAACUUCAAUCAGCAACAGAUCCUGUGGAGCGUCAGCUAGAAAUACAAGCAAUCAACAAGCGCAUGUUUUUGGAGUGCUUUUUCACGAUCAAUCAUUUUUUAGAUACGAAGACCCCAUUUUACAUUAGUCGAGUAUUUUCUUACUCGGUCCACGUUUGGGACGAUAUACAACUUUCCGGCUUAUCACUUAAAUCAUUCACUAUCAACCUUUACGCCAAAAUAGAUACUGAGUGGAAAUUGUUGGUUCGAUAUAAUGUGAAACUCUCGUUUUUGGUCAACCUCGGCAGCGAUUACGAGGUCAUAGAGUCCAAGUUAAGGCACGAACCAAAUUUGUUGCUUCUCAAGCUAAAUGAUGACUGUUACUACGUACAGUCCAGCACAUACUUGCCAAGAGAAGUAAUCAAAGAUUUAGAAAUGUAUCAUUCAAAAAAAGGUGCUGGAAGCUACCUUCAUGAAGAGCCAACCUGUACUUUCGAUCAGAUUAUGAAGCUGAAUAACUUGAGCGUUUGCUUGGUGGAUCUGCUUUCCUCUAAGAAAGUUCUCACAGAUAAAAUUGAAUCGCUAUUGAGAGACUCUUUGUCUCCGAAAAGCAACCCUGUGGUCAUCAAUUGUUUGAAAGCGCUUAUUGAUAGUCAAGAAGUCAGCAAUAGGCUUCUCAAGCAGCAAAUUUCUCGUCUUAAUGACAUCCGGCGCGCAAAAGAAUGUAGAACAUACGGUACAUUCAUGACAGAGUAUAAGCGCGAGGAUUAUGCUCACUACUUACUGGAUCUGGAAUCCGUAAUAACGCAACUAUCGAAACAGAAGUCCAGAAUCGCCAAUACACUCUUGACAAUCUUCCCUAUAACCAUCUCUGACAGCCUGGAGUUUUCUCUUUUUGGUUAUAAGCUCCCACAAAGCCUGAACUAUCUGAAGAUGACUCGCAUAGAAAUAGAGAAAACCAAUGCACUACUUGGUAUAGUGGUUUUUCUUGUGAUCAAACUGUCCAACUAUCUGAACGUACCUUUGAGAUAUCCACUGAAGUUUCUUGGCUCUAAUUCAUAUAUUAGCGAUCCAGUUUCUAAAAUGCAAACCAAGCUUCGCGUUUACCCUCUAUUUGUUGUUCAAAAUAGUAACUUGGCUAUCCGUUUUGAAUUCGGAUUAUCGCUACUAGUGAAGAAUUUACAGCAAAUAUUCGAGUCAGAAAAUCUUUCCAAGCUCGAUGACCAUGAUCUACUUGCUAACUUGAAGGUAUUGUUGACGUGUAUAGCUAGAGACGAUGGAUUGGGUCUCAACGAAUAUCUGGUGACAAAAGAUAAAGUCAAUGCCAUUAAGCUCAGUUUGUUGAACAAAUGA